AUGCCUAUGCACCAGGGAUUUCUCCCCCGCGAGGGUCUCUACAGCGUCCCCCUCUUCAAGUUGUUUGCUAGGACCGCCCUCAAUCCGUCUCUAGUACUGCCGCUGUUGCUGCUCGCACGCUACACCAAGCGCGGAAGCGACCUGAGCAUUCUACACCCGACCGCGUACGGCGGUGUCAAGAAACUCUUCUACUGGGGGCUUUUGAGAACCAUUGUCAACUAUCUGUCGGACAAGACUCGAAACAACUGGGUCAAGGACAGAUAUGAUUGGUCCCGUGAGAUUGUUCUUAUCACGGGCGGCGCCGCUGGCAUUGGCGCCCAGAUGGUCAAGCUCUUUGACGAGCUGGCAAUCAAGGUUGUCGUUCUAGACAUUCAGCCCAUGGCGUUUGCGACGUCCUCGCGGGUGCAUCAUUACAAGUGCGACCUUCGCUCCCCAGCUAGCGUACAAGAAGUUGCCGAGAGAGUACGCAGCGAAGUCGGCGCCCCUACAAUCCUCAUCAACAACGCUGGCGUUGCAAGAGGCAAGACCAUUCUCGAAUCUGAGCCUGGCGAUGUUCGCUUCACGUUCGACGUGAAUGCGCUCUGCCACUACUGGCUUGCCAAGGCAUUCCUUCCCAGCAUGAUUGAGCGCAACCACGGGAUGGUAGUGACCAUUGCUUCUGCGGCCUCGUGGGUUACAGCGCCAGCCUUGGUCGACUACGCUGCGUCCAAGGCCGCCGCGAUGGCUUUCCACGAAGGUCUUUCCGCCGAGCUCGUCACCCGAUACCACGCGCCCAAGGUUCGGACCGUCAUUGUCCACCCGGGCCAUGUUAAGACGCCCCUCUUCCAGGGUUUUGACCAGGGCAACGCCUUUCUGAUGCCGAGUCUAGAGGUUGAUACAGUGGCUGAGGGCAUCGUUAAACAGGUUCUCACCGGCCGCAGCGGCAACGUCAUUCUGCCCGAGACGGGUGCCAUAGCAGCCCUGAUGCGCGUGUUGCCGGACUGGCUGUCUUAUAGGUCACGCAUUGAUGGAGACAAGUACAUGGCCAACUGGAAGGGACGCCAAGUGAUCAAGGAUGUGAAUGCGUCCUUUGAAAAAGAAAAGGCUAGUGACGCGGGUGAGAGCACGGUGCUCGUGUCCCGAGACUGA